CGCAGCAAAAGGAUGUGUGAGCAGGCAGCGCGCUACUGUAGGGACGGAGUCCACAAACUGCUGAACAAAGAGCAAGCCAAACUUCGAGCUCAAGAAAGCCGCGAACAGCCGAAACCCGUAGCCGGUCAGGACAGCGAGUCCGCGACGGCAGCGCAGUCCGGAAACAGCGGCGCCCAGCCCGGUGGAAUCGACGGGCUCGUCCGCUGGAUCGUCACCAAAAUGAGCGACAACAAGAACAUCUCCAGCCGGGAGUACGCCUCCAGCAAAGAGGAGGUGGCCGUGGCCCAGGAGCAGUUCUUCGCCCCCGAACCGCGGAGAGGAAUCUCGGUCAUUUUAGAUAUAUUCAGAAGAGCUGACAAAGAUGAUGAUGGGAAGCUGUCUCUGGAUGAGUUCCAGGCUUUCUUCUCUGAUGGCACGCUGAAUGAGGAGGAAUUGGAGAAGCUGUUUCACACCAUUGACUCGGAUAACACCAGUAAUGUAGACACUAAGGAACUCUGUGAUUACUUUGCCAAGCACAUGGGAGACUAUGAAGGAGUUCUGGCUUCAUUGGAAACACUCAACCUUUCCAUCCUCAAAGCCAUGGACUUCACUAAAAAGGUGUAUGAGAGAGGAACCAAUGUGGAGCAAUUUGUGACCCGCUUCCUUCUGAAAGAAUCGGCCAAUCAGAUCCAGUCUCUCCUGAACUCUGUGGAGAGUGCUGUGGAUGCGAUUGACGAGCAGCACAGCCAGUCAGGCCAUCAGCCUUCCAAAGCAAGUCCACGGAUGUCAGAGAAGCGCCAUCAAAACACCGUUCCUGACUAUCCCCCAAACAACAGAGUCAGUGCCAGAGAGGCCGUCAGGACCAUCAACACUGCUUCAGGUGCUGUGGAGGUGAGGAAAGAAGGUCUGGAGGCUCAGAUCAAUCGCCUGGCAGAACUGAUUGGACGUUUGGAGAAUAAGACAGUCUGGUUUGAUCUGCACCAGAGGCUAACAGAUACAGAUGGCACCACCAGCGCAUCCUUGCUGCUGAUUCGUCAGGAGAUGGUGGUGUCCCAGAAGAAGCUCGGAGAGUUCUGCGAGGCCCUGAAGCAGUACCUGAAGAACGUGUCCGCUCAGAGAGACUGCUUCCAUGUGACUGCAGUGCGUCUGCCGGACGGUUUGUCCUUCGUCGUCUAUGAGUUCUGGGACGGAGAGGAGGAGUGGAAGAGGCACCUUCAGUCGGCUCCCAACAAAGCCUUUCAGCAUGUGAAGGUGGACACACUGUGCCAGCCAGAGGCUGUGUCGUCUGUAGCCGUACCAGCCGCCUGGUGCAGUGUGAACAGAGACUGAGCAUGAAGACACUCAACUACACGCCACGACUCCUGGACACUCCCCAUUUCUUCUUUAACGUCCCCAUCCAACCUGAUACUGUCCCUCCCCCUCUCCCCCUUCC